UGGGCGCGUCCUCGUCGCCGGCGCCGGCUCUCUCAGCCUCCUCCGCCGCGGCGGGCAGCAGACACCCCGGUGUAUGCCCCAACCCUGACCCCACCCGCGACAUGUCGACCCCGGCUCGGCGGCGUCUCAUGAGGGACUUCAAGAGGUUGCAGGAGGACCCUCCGGCGGGAGUCAGCGGCGCUCCCUCGGAGAACAACAUUAUGGUGUGGAACGCGGUCAUUUUCGGGCCUGAAGGGACCCCUUUUGAGGAUGGAACAUUUAAGCUAACAAUAGAAUUCACCGAGGAAUAUCCGAAUAAACCACCUACAGUUAGAUUUGUCUCUAAGAUGUUUCAUCCAAAUGUCUAUGCAGAUGGUAGUAUAUGUCUGGACAUACUUCAGAACCGCUGGAGCCCAACCUAUGAUGUGUCUUCAAUUUUAACAUCCAUACAGUCUCUAUUGGAUGAGCCCAAUCCCAAUAGUCCUGCAAACAGCCAGGCCGCUCAGCUGUACCAGGAGAACAAACGGGAAUAUGAAAAGCGUGUAUCUGCGAUAGUAGAACAGAGUUGGCGCGAUUGUUGACCCAGGUGCAGUGAGAGAAGCUGGUCAUAAGAAAAAUUAUACAUGAUGUGUUUGUCACCUUUAUUAAAAGAAAAAUAGCUGUUGUGCCGUUUCCAUCUUCCCUUGCCGAGUUCUUCUAUCCUUUCUACCCUCUCCUUCAGCAAACACCCUGAGUUCAAAUGUACUGUACCUGGGUUACUUGCAAAACUUAACUGAUGCUUAAGUCCUCUUCCGGCGGGGUGUUAUUCACGGUGCUGAUGGCAGGUUGGCAGCCAGGAUGUUAUUUUAAAUGAGAUCGCCUGUCCUGGCCAGUCUAUAUCACUUGUGUAGGAUUGAAAAGGGAAUGGAUUUGGAACACGGAGUACAGCCACUGUGGAAACAGAUCCACAGAAACAUCCGUUCUGAAUGCAGGGUCUCACACCCCUGACACGAAGCGUGGAUCCCGCAGCAGGAAAGAAGGGUGAUCCGGCCAAGGGAGCAGUUGUAACUUGACAGCUCUCCUGGGGUGGCCUACCCACCAGACUCUUCCAAAUACUGAAGGUGGUUGGGUUUUUGUUAGCGAAGAAUGGGGGGUGGUCAUUCCUGUUUAAGAAAAGUUGGAGGCCCUUGGGCCUUUCUCCAUGAGUAAUGCCGUCCUAGAUUAAACAAGCUGAGGAUCCUCCCCCUCUUUAACUUUUUUUCAGCCUUUGACUAAAUCCAAGGAAAGGAGCCAUCUGUGGGAAACCACCUUCCAAGCACACCCUUAGCUAGCAUUGCAUGCUUCAGUUCUUGAGUUUCUUCCCUUUUGGCUUUUUUGGGCUUUCAGUAGCCAAUGGCUGCCCCCCUCUUUGUUUGAUUAUACUUUGUUACAUGGUCGCUUAAGUAGCAGGUUGGGACAAGGCCUGUUUGUGUUUUGUCUUAACGAUCCAUCGCCACCUUUUGUGCAUUUCUCUUAUAAUUCUAAAUUUGCACAAGUAACCCAUGUAAAAAAUGUACAUUUUUCUAAAGUUGUAAAUAAAAAUAACCUUAAAAUCUU